GCUCGGCCUCUCCCCAGUACGUUCCCAGCAGCUUCGGUUCAGAACCAGCGAGGGAACCGGGAGCGAGGCUUCCCAUCCGCCGGCAGGCAGGACUCCCGGGCGGCUGAGCGCUCCCUCGUGUCGGGCGCUCGGAGUCCCGGCGGCUGGAGAGGGGUCAGGACUCCAGAACGCCAGGCGUGUCUGUGGGCUUCAGCGCCUGUGGCUUCCCGGGUCCCGCGCAGCGAGCCGCAGAGACGCACUCAGCACCAGGACCACCGCGGAACGAGAUCGAGAUUGAGAACCCUCUGCAACUACCACAAUGGGCAGCAAAACUUUGCCAGCUCCGGUGCCCAUCCACCCGUCCUUGCAGCUCACCAACUACUCCUUCCUUCAGGCAGUGAAUGGCCUUCCCACAGUGCCCUCGGACCACCUGCCCAAUCUGUAUGGGUUCAGUGCCUUGCACGCUGUGCACCUGCACCAGUGGACGCUAGGUUACCCAGCCAUGCAUUUGCCCCGCUCCUCUUUCUCCAAAGUGCCGGGUGCCGUAUCCAGCCUGGUGGACGCGCGCUUCCCGCUGCCGGCCUUUCCUUGGUUCCCUCAUGUCAUCCAGCCCAAGCCAGAGAUCACCGCGGGAGGCAGCGGUCCAGCGCUCAAGACCAAGCCGCGCUUCGAUUUCGCCAACCUGGCCCUGGCCGCCACGCAAGAAGAUCCGUCCAAGCUUGCCCGAGGGGAGGGUCCAGGCUCCCCAGCAGGUGGGCUAGGUGCCCUCCUGGACGUGACCAAGCUGUCCCCAGAAAAGAAGCCCACGAGGGGACGCCUGCCUUCCAAGACCAAGAAAGAGUUCGUUUGCAAGUUUUGUGGCCGCCACUUCACAAAGUCCUAUAACCUACUCAUCCACGAGCGGACGCACACGGACGAGCGGCCCUACACCUGUGACAUCUGCCACAAAGCCUUCCGGAGGCAAGACCACCUACGGGACCACAGAUACAUUCACUCCAAAGAGAAACCUUUCAAGUGUCAAGAGUGCGGGAAAGGAUUCUGCCAGUCCAGGACUCUCGCUGUCCACAAGACGCUACACUCACAGGUGAAGGAGCUCAAAACCUCCAAGAUCAAAUGCUAAACAGCCUCUGGGCCACCAGGACCCUGGGUCACGCUGCCCCCUCCUCCAGAGGAACCCGAAGCUGAAGGCGACUCUGGCGGGCAGCGGGAGGGGCGCGUGGGACUCCCCCCACCCCAACAAUGUCCCCUGGGUCCCCGGCACACGCGGCACUACAGAGCCCCGCCCGGGGCCAUGACCCUGACCGCCCGGGCGGUUCCCCCAGGACGCGGCUUAACUUUGGGCCAAAAGGCGGUACUCACGUGGCGGAAGGGAAACUGCAUUAAAAAAAGAACGAAAGCUCCGUGGAGACGCAGCGGCGCCUCUCCCAGAAGUAUUACUUUUUCUAUUGUUAUUUUGUACGUUUUCUUUAUUAUUAUUAUUUUUUUUCUUUGACCAUAUAAGCUUGUAACUGACUGCGGAGAGGAGAGAGGAAAAGAAGUUCUGCGCGCCCGCAACUUCUAACUCCUCCUCCAGUCCCCAUCCCCACCCCCGGGAGCCUGCAAAAGUAUAAUCGGUGUAUCUGCUUCAGCCGCCCGGCCCCAGGGACCGCGGGCCCGGAGCGCCGGCUCCCAGCUGCUGCCGCGAAGCCGGCCGAGGGCUCCCGGACUCGGAUGGCGAGGCGGGGAUCUCGCGCCCGGGGCCGGAGGAGCCCGGCCGCGGCCGCCCUGCUCCACCGCUGCGUCACCGCGAGCGAGCAGCCGGCCAGGAGCCGGGCGUUGUAUUGCGACUGGCACUUUAUGCUGACCAUCGGUAACGGACAUUUAUCACUGGAGUUGUUU